CUAGACACCACCAUCUCCUUCAGCUACACCCCAAGGUCCUCACUCAGUAUGCUAUAAGAUGAUCCAUCUACAGCUGGGUUUUCAUAAUGCUCUCUCCAGUCAUUCCUCACUUCAUUGCUCUCCUCCAACCCCUCUCCCCAUCUGGUCGCCAUGGCUAUUUUCAAUGCAUCCGAGGUGAACCUCCACACGGCCAGCAAAGAGGAUGUGCUGUGCUACUAUGCCAUCUCUGAAAAUGACUACAACGGUCAUAUGGGGGCCCGCAUCUCAUCCAUCUUUGUUAUCCUCUUCGUCUCCACAGCCUUCACCUUCUUCCCCGUCGUGGCUAAGAGCAUGCCCCGCUGGAAGAUCCCUCACAACGUCUACAUCUUCGCCCGUUACUUCGGUACGGGUGUCAUCCUAGCCACAGCCUUUGUUCAUCUGCUUGACCCUGCCUACAAGCGCAUCGGACCCAAGACCUGCGUUGGCGUCUCCGGAAACUGGUCCCUAUACUCCUGGUGUGCCGCUAUUGUGCUCGGCUCCAUCACUCUUAUCUUCCUUCUAGAUCUCGCCGCCGAGGUCUACGUCGAGAACAAGUAUGGCAUGCACCGAGAGGAGAACGCCACGGACGCUUUUAUUUCCGGUGAUCCGACCAGCGCGCAUAUCCACCCCAACCCCGAAGAUGGUCGCAUGUCCGCAGAAAAGACCUCGCCUACGGCAACCUCCGCAGAAACCUCGUCCGAGCAAGGCGAACGCUCCUUCAGACAACAGAUUGCCGGUUUCUUGAUCCUCGAAUUUGGUAUCAUCUUCCACUCGGUCAUCAUCGGCCUCAACCUUGGCGUGACCGGUUCUGAAUUCUCGACCCUCUACCCGGUGCUGGUCUUCCACCAGUCAUUCGAGGGCCUGGGUAUCGGUGCCCGACUUUCCGCCAUUCCCUUUGGACAUCGCAAGUGGCUCCCUCACCUGUUGUGUCUGGCGUAUGGCCUGACCACUCCGAUCUCGAUUGCGAUCGGCCUGGGCUUGCGCACUGCUUACAACCCGGGCUCGAAGACAUCCUUGAUCGUGCAGGGAGUGUUCAAUGCUAUCUCAGCAGGUGUGCUGAUCUACAGUGCUCUGGUGGAACUGCUGGCACGCGACUUUAUUUUCGACCCGUGUCGUACUCGUCGUCGCUCCAAGCUGUUGUACAUGGUGUUCUGUACGUUGUUGGGGGCGGGCAUCAUGGCCCUGAUCGGAAAGUGGGCGUAAUUGCCUCGAAGUAUGUAUGUCAGUAUAUUGCUACAUCUGAAAAGAUACCCUCGACUCUAUAU